AUGCUAGAGGCCUGUGUUGCUCUUCGAGCUGUACUAACUGGAAGCGUACGAUGUCUGCGAGAAGCGACCCGUCCAGUAUGUACAUACAUGUAUUAUCCUCCGACAAAGCCAUGGGAUGCACCCGAACUAGCGCAAUUUUUAUCAGAGACUCUGUUCACGCGUUCGGGUGUGCGACAUGUCUCAUAUCAGAAGCCAGGGAACAAGCGUGGACACGCCUCCCGCGCUCAUUCCUGCUCUAGAUGCCAUUCUCAAGAAGAGAGCACUGCACACUCUUUAAAUGGCUUUCUCCAAUCGACAGUUCCUGGCAGUCAACUGUCUCCCGGCCCGAGCGACUCCAAGGAGAUGCUCCAGCACUUAAAGGCUAAAGCAGAGGUCCUAUGUAUACAUCUCGGACUCUCGGAAUCGUUUCAUCCCAUCAAUUCCGAGAUUGGUAGUUGUGUGCUCACUGCGGCUCUGGCGCUGUGGUGGACUGAGACUGCUCAUCAUGCAGACGAGUUGAAGCGCGCGGGACGCCAUCUAAUAAGCACACACUCAAACUCACGAGAACCCACGCCAAACGUGGACGAAGUAGGCACUGCGACAGGACUAUUCAGCAACUUUGAGACUGAAGUAGAUCAUCCGAAGACAGGAGCAAGCGAUUCUCGGGCCAACGUGGUGCUCACACGCGUCAUAUUACCUGCUCGUGGCAUAUCUUGA